AUGUCCGACAAUAAUACCCUAGGUCUCGAUUUCACUCAGCCAGAGUCACCAGAUUCAACCGACAACGACCCAGAGACAAAAACAGAGACAACCCCUUCAAAAGACAAGAAAAAGCCUUAUGUUAAUCCCGAGCGUGUCAAGACUGGUGGCAGCCAACGAGACAAGCUCAGUGAAGAAGCCCUUGCAGAACGCAUGGCACGUAUACGAGAACAGAAUGAAAAAAUAAAACAGAGAAGAAUGGAUGUGAAAGCCGACGAAGAUGCCUUCCGGAAAACUCAGGAAUUAGAGAAAGUAAAAACGGCUCACAAUCGCAAGGUCCAAGAAGACGUGGAUCGCGCUCGUGAACAAAACGCGAAGCGCAAGAUGGAUAAAGUGCAGAGUCGCGAGUGGGACUCUGGCAAGCCAACGAUUGCCCAGAAAGGCAAAAAGGCUCAAACUGAAGGGACUCCGGCAAGUACAGCUCAAGAUGCGCUUCCGACUGGAGAAAACGCCAGUGUAGGUGUGAGUGGAUGGACCCGAGGUGGUUCUCCUCAGGGUUCUAGAGGAAGGGGCAGAGGUAGAGGUGGGCUAAACGCACCGCGGCGAGAUCUUGGAAAAGCUCAUGUCCACUCCAUCGACAAGCCUUCCACCUCAAACUUUGAGACUGUUACCAGCAGCGCUACGUGA